CGGAUUAACACCUGACAGCAUGCACCUAGCAUCGAGUGACACUCACACUCACACCUAGCUAAAUGAUGGCCAUGAGCUCCUUCAAGGCCGCGGUGACCCUUGCCGGUGUCGUUGCCGUCCUCUGCCUCACGGCCGGCAGCAACAAUGCCGCGGCGUUCAACUACGCCGACGCCCUCGACAAGGCCAUCCUCUUCUUGGAGGCGCAGCGCUCCGGCAACCUGCCGCCGGACCAGCGCGUCACUUGGCGCGCCGACUCCGGCCUCUCCGACGGCUCCGCUGCGCAGGUGGACCUGGUCGGCGGCUACUACGACGCCGGGGACAACGUCAAGUUUGGCCUGCCCUUGGCGUUCACCGUGACCAUGCUGUCGUGGAGCGUCGUCGAGUUCGGCGACGCCAUGCCGCACGCCCAACGUGAGAGCGCCAAGGCCGCCGUGCGGUGGGGCGCCGACUACCUGCUCAAGGCGGCCACGGCGACGCCGGACACGCUCUACGUCCAGGUCGCCGACCCGUACCAGGACCACCGGUGCUGGGAGCGGCCCGAGGACAUGGACACCCCGCGCAGCGUGUACAAGGUGACGCCCGAGAAGCCCGGGUCGGACGUCGCCGGCGAGACAGCGGCCGCGCGCGCCGCGUCCAUCGUGUUCCGGACCUGCGACCCGGCCUACUCCUCCGACCUGCUCCGGGCAGCGCAAAAGGUGUUUGAUUUCGCGGACCGGUACAGGGGCUCGUACAGCGACUCGCUCAGCUCCGUGGCGUGCCCGUUCUACUGCUCCUACUCUGGCUACCAUGACGAGCUGCUGUGGGCGGCGUCGUGGCUGCACCUGGCGACGACGCAGGGGAAGGGCGCCGCGGCGGCGGACGUGUACAUGUCGUACAUCAGCUCCAACGGGCACACCCUCGGCGCCGAGCAGGACGACUUCACCUUCAGCUGGGACGACAAGCGCGUCGGCACCAAGGUCCUCCUCUCCAGGGAGUUUUUGCAGAGCAGGAUGGGCGGGCUGCAGCUGUACAAGGCGCACACUGACAACUACAUCUGCUCCCUCGUGCCGGGGGUCAACGGCUUCCAGUCCCAGUACACACCAGGGGGGCUCCUGUUCAAAGAAGGGGACAGCAACAUGCAGUACGUGACGUCCACCGCUUUCCUCCUCCUCACCUACGCCAAGUACCUCGCCUCGACUGGCGGCGCCGUCUCCUGCGGCGCCACCGCAGUCUCCCCCUCCACGCUCGUCUCCAUCGCCAAGAAACAGGUGGACUACAUCCUGGGCGCGAACCCGGCGAGCAUGUCGUACAUGGUGGGGUUCGGGGCGCGGUACCCGCGGCACGUGCACCACCGCGGCGCGUCCAUGCCGUCGGUGCGCGACCACCCGGCGCGCAUCGGCUGCGACGAGGGGUUCCGGUACCUGCACUCGGCGGACCCGGACGCCAACGUGCUCGUCGGCGCCGUCGUGGGCGGGCCCGACGGGAGCGACGGGUUCACCGACAGCCGCGACAACUACGCGCAGGCCGAGCCGAGCACCUACACCAACGCGCCGCUAGUCGGCGCACUCGCCUUCUUCGCCGGCGGCCGGCGCCGCUGAAUUAAGCACAAGUUAACUAGCAGUAGAAAGGGAAUGGAUUAAUGCGCGUGUGCUAGUGCAGGUUGUAUCGCGUGAACACGAAGCAUCGACCGGCGAUGCGUGCAAGGUGUGCUAUUCGUGUGACUGUGUUUGUCGCGCGGCGUGGCAUAUGAAUCUAAUUGCAUGACA